AUGCUCGGACGACACAAUGUAACACAAGCGGACAUAAUGGCCCACGAAUCAGAUGCUGAUAAACUGAAACGGGCGGGACAAUCUGUUGUUUCUAUCCGAAGCACGGUUUCACCAAAUAAACCUGUUGAUCAAACCACCUGGGCUCUUACACUCUCAGAUGCGAUGGACGAGUUCUUCGAUUGUCAGAGCUAUAUCACCGACUUUCGCGACACUCUGCGGCCAAGGUUGGAAUUUACUUUCUAUGGACUCGCAGAACAAACAGUUACGGCGGCACACGCUUUUGAGAUGUCCUACAAUCUCGUUUCUGCGUGGAGCCUCAAACCCAAAGUUGGAAAGGGUAUACAUAAGAGAAACUGUUAUUGCAACGGAACCGCAGACGCCCUUUAUAAGAUGGCACUAGCAGAGAAGGAUCGUGACAAACAGCGGGCAGCGAGAAGGGAAGCAGAACGUCUGAAAGCGCGUGAAUGGGAAGAAGCAGAGGAGGAACGCAUGCGACUGGACCGCUUAAAAGAUCCUCAAGUCACAACCGACAGGGACACACCCGAUCGGAAAGUCAAAGUUGAAGAAGUCCCGGAUGAGGAUGUUUUGAGAAAGAAAAAUGUGGGUGAUGAGGACACCGAACCCUCUCCAGCCCAGUAUCAAACCGCUUCUCAUAAAACCUUUAAUGCGACCGACAAAAACGACCUAGAUCUUGACAAGGAGCUUGCCAAGGCCGAGGAGAGGGCUCGGAAUCGAGCACCAUCGACUUCGGAAUCAACGCCAACGAAACCUCAGAGUACUUUGGUGGUGGCCGCCCAAGCUUCUGCAGUUGUUGUCUUGCCUAAGGAAGAGGAAGGCGGCUCCGACUCUCCAUGGAAUUCCGUUAUGCAACUCGUCAAGUUCCGAGAGACAAGCAAAGCGAUCGCAGACGAAUACCUCAAGCAGAGUGGUAUAAAACUCAGUGGCGGUAGACAGCGCAUUCCGCUCAAGAUCAAAGAUGAUCGUGCGUGGGAGGCCUACGAAACGGGGAGAGAAAGAUGCUCAGAAGAUAGACGUGCAUCAACGACGACGAGUUAA